AUGGGUUCGGAUAUGAUGUAUGGGAUGAUGAUUGAUUGUAUUGAUUUAUUGAUCCUUUUUCUGCUCUACUCGUGUUGCUCGGCUUUUUGUUUUGCUGAUCCGAAAUUUGAGAAAAAGCUCUGGCGAACUUUUAGCGAAUUGAGGAAGACCGGAGCUGCGGCGACUGAGGGGAGAACCGGGGAUAAGUACCGGAGGACGAGACGACUGCGCGGGACCCAGGGGAGUUGUAAAUUGAUAGAAUUAGAGGUAAAGGACACGCGUUAG